AUGGGAUUGGAAAACAUAAGGCUUGUGGUGGCGAUUACCAUUUUGAAAAAUAUGGACAAGAAGAAAUCUCAGAAGAAUGCUUCUGGAAAACAGCAGAAGAAUAACAAAAAACAAUCACAACCAAAAACCCAGGUGAUCUCAUCCGUUUUCAAAAGACCAGAGAAUGUUGAAUUACCAGAAAAAGAUGAACAGGAAAUCGAGCUUGAGAAACUUGUUUUUGGUGAUGCCGAAGGGUUUGAAAGCAAUUUGAAAGACUUGGACAAUUUUAUGAAUGACUCUAGUGACGAUGAAUUUGAUGAUGAUAAUAACGAGGGGAACUUUGAUGGUGAAAAAGAAGAAGAAGAAGAUGUGAAGAUGGCUGGAUUACAAGAUGAUAUGUUAUUUUUCAUGGAUGAUGAUAAAAAAGGUCAAGCGGAUGCAAAUGGCGAUAUUGAAAUGAAAGAUGGUGAAGAAUCAGCCACCGAUGGAGAGAAUAGCGAUGAUGAUGAAGAAGAAGCUGCCUGGGUAGACAGUGAUGAUGAAAGAAUGAACAUCAACCUCAAAUAUUCAUCAAAGAUCAAGAAAUUGAGAACAAGUUAUGACCAAGAUACAAUAAAUAGCAAAAUCUUCAUAAAUCGUCUUAGAUCUCAGUUCGAAAAGAUAUAUCCUAGACCAGCUUGGGCUGAUGAAGAAAUGAGUGAUGUUGAUGAGAAGAACUCGAGCGACGAAGAUAAUACGGAACCAGUGACUGACGAUGAAGGAGGAGAAGAUAUUGAUAGAAAUAGUUACAAUCCAAAGACAUUGAUUCAGCUCGUGGAAUCAAGCAUAUCUUAUAAACGACCUAAACAACCUAAGUUAUUGACCCCAAAAAAUAUCAACAUUGCCAGAUUAAAAGACGCUAAUUACAAGCAUUUGUCACAAUCGGCAAUUCAAUCGAUAAAUUUCCACCCAGAAUUACCUUUGUUGUUGACUGGUGGUUAUGAUAGAACUUUGAGAAUUUAUCAUAUUGAUGGAAAAAACAAUAAUGUGGUCACCACGCUUUUCUUCAAAAAUUCUCCAAUUCAAAAUGCGUAUUUUGCAACCCCAAACAAUACCAAUAAAGUCUUCCUUGCCGGUAGAAGAAAGUUUAUGUAUAAACUUGAUUUGAUGAGCGGAGAAAUUGAAAAAAUUACUAAUUUGUACGGGAUCAAACAUUUGCAAAAAAGUUUUGAAUCGUUCAAAAUAUCUCCUUUGAAUAAAUAUAUUGGAUUGAUCGGUAAUAAUGGUUACGUCAAUAUUCUUUCACUUGCUAACGGGUCUUUUGUUAAGAAUUAUAAAGUUGAUGGGGUCGUUGCCGACUUUGUGUGGUCCCAAACUGAACAAUUGUUGUUGAUCAUCAACACCGCAGGUACAGUUUACGAAUUUGAUUUCCAGGCAAAUGAAAUCGUUGGUAAAUGGCAAGAUGAAAAUGGACUUGGCAUCACCAAGUUGGCACUUGGUGGCAAAAACGAUAGAUAUUUGGCCAUUGGUAGCAACAAUGGUAUUGUCAAUGUUUACGAUCGUUUGAAACAAUCUAACACUCACCAGCGCAAACCUAUGGGAACAAUUGAAAGUUUGGUCACUAGCAUUUCCAGCCUUGUGUUUAAUGUCGAUGGCCAAUUGUUGUGUAUUGCUAGUAGAGCCAAGAAAGAUUCUUUGAGAUUGGUCCACAUCCCAAGCUGUUCAGUUUAUAAAAACUGGCCAACCAGUGGAACACCAUUGGGUAAAGUCACCGCCGUGGCAUUCAGUAAAAACUCAGAAAUGUUGGCCGUUGGUAAUGAAGCUGGUAAAGCUAGAUUAUUCCAACUUAAUGAUUAUUAG